UUUGUCUCUUUAAAAUUAUCAUGUAUGGUCUCAUAUGGGAUAAAAAUGUGGAGUGUGAUCAUGCUAAGGUCAUCUAGCGCUGUCGUGCUUCAAAUAUAGUCAAUAUUUGUUGUUUGGUUAUUGUUCGAUGACAGAUUAAAUCAACGCAAAUAUUGUUGACAAUAACCUCUCGUAAGUCGUCCGCCCGAGUAAGGUACUAUGUUCCUUCCGAAAACACAAAUCACCUCUUCAUCAACUGUCCGAAAGCCAUGCGGAUUUGGCAACAACUUACUCUUCUGCCGCCUAUUUGCUUCGGGAAAGCAACCUUAAAAAUUCCAUUUAGCCAGAGGCGUGCCUCUCUCAAUCCUUUGGAAUUUUUGGGACUCAAGAAAUGGUAAGGUGUUCCGAAUCCUAGAUCACCCUCCCUCUCUUAUAUUAGGAAUAUUUUGUGAACUCCAAUCCGAUGCCAUUUGCUUGGGCCAAGCACGAUUGUGGAACAAAGCCGAGACGAAACUGAAAAAGGCCAUUCAGUCUGACCCUGUUUUCAGAUUGGGACACUCUUGAUCAAUGGGCCAUCAAAUUUUGUUCGAACGGAGCACACGCGACCGAAUUUGACACCCUCUAUCUGGUGUGCCAUCUGUAUUUGCUUCUGGAACCUUCCCUGCUAACUGCCAUGAUGUCGUCCCAUCUACAAAAGGAGGAGGAGCAGCAGGCCCCCCAGAUCUGAGUUCUCCCAUGGCAUAAUCGAACUCUCUGAUCCACCCACAUUUCGCGUCGCCCACAGAACCUACCCCUCCUAGCUAGGCUACAACUUCGGCAUCGGUCGGCGAUGGCUAAUCUGGCAGCAGCUGGCUGCGUGUUCCAACCCACCGGCUGUGAGCUCAUCGGCCACUACCUCAUCCCCAGGGCGGGGCUCGGCGGCGUCUUCUUCCCCGGCAUCAUCGAGGAGGGCGUGGACGUCUUGUCCUUGUGCCCACGCGCGCUCUCCUUCCCGGAAAACCACAGGAGGGAUUACGACGAGGUAUGGGGCUUCUUCUUCGCGGCAAAGCCCGCCGGCGAGACGUGCCCGACGCCGGACGCGGGCGGGUGCUGGGAGCAGUACGGCCAGGAGAAGGCGUACUAUGGCGGCGAGGGCGGCCGGGAGGCAGUGGCGUUCCGGCGCAGGUUCGCGUACCGCUACACGUGCAGGGAUGGGGAGGUAAUAUCGCUGACGCGCUGGCGGAUGAAGGAGUACCGGCUCAACAGGAACGCGGCCGCCUUCCGCCGCGCGCACCCGGGCCCCGUGCCGCCGGACGUCGUCUUCGUGGUCCACAAGGUCUACAAGAAGCCGCUGAUCACUCCGCCGCCGCCGCCCGACAGCAGCUCCAGCGAGGACGAGGGCUCCGAGAGCUACAUCGUGUACCCGCAACUCGAUGAGAUCAUGCGGCGGUUAACGAUGGGGAACUAGGGCGACCAAGGGGCGGUGCUCCUCCUCCUGCAGCAGUAGCAUUACGGCAUUGCAUGUUCAUUUCUUCUGCAUUGUUGUGUCUCUUGUGUUUUCAAUUCUGGAUUGUGCGCUCGAUCUAGUUGAGGUAGAUCGUUGUUGUAGUUCUUCGAUGGCUGUUUCCAUCGUUUCGGAGUUCUCUUCUGUCGCUUAGACAUAGCUUUGUUCUUGUAUGACUUUGCUAUGUUUGUGUGCGUGUGUUGGUGUGGCUGUGUGUAUCCUAGCUAUGUAGAGGUUGUGAUUGUGCUCAUUGUGUUUGUAUUUGGUUGAUGCUUCAUUUGAGUCAAUAAAAUUCACCUCUUAUCUGAAAAA